GUUCAGAUAUGUUAUAUUAUAUUGACUUGUGCGUCGCUUUGUCUCGAAAAAUUAACUUGCGGUAACUUGUGUGUAAACGUGCGUUUCGCAGAUUAACCUCUACCUAGUUAUUCAGUGUUACUAACUAACUUUUUGUAAUUAUACUUUGAAAUUGUAUUAAUUUCGGUUGUCGGUUUUUUUCUGUAGCUGCUUGUGCGCGUAUCGAGACAAGUUCUGAACUUGCGAAUUCGGUGCCCGUUUUUCGCGAAGAAGGCUUCAUUGAAGAAUCAUCGUUUUUGGUCGACGUUAUUUUAUGUGGAAACGAAAACUGCAAGCAGAUCGAACCUGGAGAACGUUACUGCCCUUAACCAGCAGACCAUGGGCAUCUUCGAAUUCUGCUGCUUGUGCGCGUAUCGAGACAAGUUCUGAAGUUGCGAAUUCGGUGCCCGUUUUUCGCGAAGAAGGCUUCAUUGAAGAAUCAUCGUUUUUGGUCGACGUUACUUUAUGUGGAAACGAAAACUGCAAGCAGAUCGAACCUGGAGAACGUUACUGCUCUCAACCAGCAUGGGCAUCUUCGAAUUCUGAAACUCUUACCGAGGUCACAAUCCCUUUGGGAAUCCCAGUACCAACUUGUCCACGCUGCCUGGUCUCUUUAGCAAGGCAUUCCACAACAUCAACUCUAGAACCAUGCAAGCGUGUAUCCACGCGCGCUGGGCAUUGUGCGGGUAGAGCGUGCAAAUGCACGUUGGUCUGCCCGACACAGCACAAAUCAUGGCACGCUGGGCAAAUAAAUGGCCUGUUCGGUUGGAAACAUUUUUCCGUGCCGCACCCUCAUGUAACGUCUGGGGUGGAUUUCACGGUUGGUCCAGCACAUCCACUAGCUGCGACCUCAUUCUCACACUCACCCGAAACCACUCUUCGAGCCGCUGCCUUCCCGCGCGCCAGGAAUGCAGAAGCCACAAGCGACUCAUCAUUAACCAACUGCAUUUCAUCCAACCCGACCGUUUCAGAACCUGCAACUGGUGUCUCACCUGCGCAGGCGAGCACCCUUUCCAGACACUGUGAACCGGGAUUGGAAUCCAUGUCAGACCGUACGGUAGAUGGGAGAGGAUCAGAAUUUAUGCAGGUGGCUACAGGGUUCCGCGAAAGUGUGUCGGCAUUGGCGUUAACCUUUCCAGACGUUGGGUCCUUGACACUGUGUAACCAAACUAAAGGUCUAUGGUCAGUAAGCAACGUAAACUGCCGACCAUAAAGUUAAUCUCCGCAUCAUUGAGAGACCUCGAAGCAUAUGCGACUGGAAGAUCUUUUCCCACAGGGCCCUGGCUAAGUAUGGCGCCUAUGGUGUAAUUAGAAGCGUCAGUAGUAACAAGGAAUGGUUGUGAAAAAUUCGGAAACUGCAAUAAAGGUUCUGCACAAAUGAUGUCUCUCAACGUUUCAAAAGAAGUCUGCACAUCGGCAGUCCAACGAAACGGUACGUCCUUCUUUAAAAGCUGAGUUAACGGCUUUGCAAUCUUAGCCAUAUUUGGAACGAAGCGUCUAUAAUACCCCACAAGACCCAAGAAUUGUUUGAUAUUCUUCUUGGUUCUGGGUACGGGAAACUGUUUUACGGCUCGAAUCUUUCCAGGGUCAGGUUUUACACCCUCGUUGGUAAUCACAUGCCCCACGUAUGCUAUUUCUUUUUGUAAA